CGAAUCAAUCAGUAGAAAGAAGAUGAGUGGAGGGAGGAGAAACAAUGACAACGACAGCAAUGAAGGAGAAGAAGGAGGAGGAGGAGGAGGGUGGGCGUCAACGUUUUUUAAAGUAGCCGGCGCAGCCGCCGCAACAGCAGCAGUAGCUGGUGGCUUAUACAUGAGUCUCCUAAAACAAGCCGAUGCUGACGUGGCAGCAGUCAGAGUACACGCCGAUGAGGAAGUGAUACUAAACGUAGACGGUUCGCUUCUGCGCCAGAUUCCAUCAGCCGGGUGUGGCGGAGUUCUAACCGACUCAUCAGGAAAAUGGCUAUGCGGCUUCGCUCAGAAGCUGAAUCCAAAUUUAAGAGAAGACGAAACAGAGAAGGAAGCAAUUUUAAGAGGUUUGAUUUGGGUAAAGGAAAAAGGGAAGAGGAAAGUUACGGCGAAGACGGAUAAUGAAGGGAUUGAGAUAUCGGUCAAUUCUGGCCGUAGAUCUAAUGAUCCUCUUAUAUGUCGCAUAAGGGAAGUUCUUAAUAGUCCUCACUGGCAAGCUUCGUUGAUUUGGACUCCUGGUGAUACAAACGCUGUUGCUGAUAAGCUUGCUCACAAAGCUCAUAGUUUAACUUCUUUUGAUCUGCAUCACUUUGAUUAUCCUCCUCAGAACUGUGCUACCCACUUCCUUAUAUGAUAUGUUUUAAUGUUUUUAAUAUAUAUGGUUGGUUAUGUUUAAUUCAGUUUCUACUUUUCUUUUUAUUCUUCAACUUUUACUACUCAAUCAACGCUUAGAAGCAUAUGUGUCUGUUGUCAGCUUUGUUAAUGAAAUAUUAGUAAUGAUUAUUGCUCUUCU